AUGUCACCGUCCAAGAGAGAACCCGAGAGGGAGAAAUGGGAACCGCAGACUGUGCACUUGCUAAAAGAUGUCACGAUAGGCUCCAACAAACCUGAGCCAUUUUAUCAACACUACCAGGCAAAUAUCCCUAUUGCAAUUGACCUUGGUACAUCAACAUGGAGAGUCGGUCUCACCAACAGUCCCGAGCCAAAUAACGUUUUCCCCGGUGUGAUUUCUCGACACCGAGAUAGAAAGGCCAUGAAGACCUUGACGAUAAUAGGCAAUGACGUCUACAGUGAUCCAGCGUUGAAAUCCACCACCAAAACUCCAUACGAUGGUCCGUUGAUCACCAACUGGGACUAUAUCGAGUUCAUGCUAGACUACUCGUUUGAGCAUCUUGGCGUCACCAGUGACAAUGGCCGCUUGAACAACCCCAUAAUUAUGACCGAGCCUAUCACUUGCACCUUCAACCAGCGCAAGUCCAUGUAUGAACUUUUAUUUGAGGCGUAUCAGGUCCCCAAGGUCAGCUUUGGCUUGGACUCCUUAUUUUCGUUCUACGCCAACACGGAUGGGAAGUCGACUGGUUUGGUGAUUGGCACCAGUAAUGAACUGACAUCAGUGAUCCCAGUGGUUGAUGGCAAGGGCUUGAUGACGCAAGCAAAGAGGAUAGACUGGGGAGGCUCGCAAUCACAGCUGUACUUGUCAAAAUUGUUGAGCUUGAAGUACCCCUAUUUCCCCAGUAAACUUAACGCGACCCACACCACCAACUUGUUUCAGGACUUCUGCUACGUAUCUGAAGACUACCACGAGGAGUUGAAACAUAUUUUGGACAUGGAUAUAUUAGAGGACAAGGAUAUCGUUGUUCAAGCGCCGGUGGAUGUCACGGUAAAAGCGGAGACCAAAAAGAGUGACGAAGAGUUGGCGAAGCAGGCCGAAAAGAGAAGGGAGCAAGGUAAGCGGUUGCAGAAACAGGCGCAGGAGAAGCGCGCCGAGAAAUUGAUUCAAAAGCAAGAAGAAUGGGACUACUACACCAAAUUCAAGCAAGAUAAUGCCGACUUGAGCCCCGAGGAGUUUGAAAAUGUCUUGAUUGGCGCUGGUUUUGAAGAUUUGGCCGAUUUCAAAAAAUACAUGGCUUCGCUCGAAAGAACCUUGAAACGCGCAGCACUGAGUGAAGAGAAUUUGGAGGAUGACGGCGAGGAUGAAGUUGACGCCGCCACCGCGUGGCCCUUGGUUGGCAUCCCUGAUGAUCAAUUGACAGAGGAGCAAAUCAAGGAGAAACGGAAACAAAAACUACACAAGGCAAACGUCGAAGCUAGGGAGCGAAAUCGGGAGUUGAAGAGGCAAGAAGAGGAAGCCAAAGCUCAAUUGGAGAAAAAGGAACAGGAGUGGAGAGAACGCGACUUGGAUGACUGGUGUCAAACCAAAAAAUUGCACUUGGCCGAGUUGAUUAGCAAGUACAAGGAGAGACAGAAGCUAUUGGAGUCAAUGAAGGACCGUAAAUCUGCGGCUGCGCAGCAGCGAAUGAAAAACAUUGCCGAUUUGGCUAACGACGAGACCGGGUCCACGUCAGCAGCGUCUAGAAAGAGGCGUCGGAAUGCAAACGCGACAAUCGAUAAUGACCCCAAUGACACCUUUGGAACAAACGACGAUGACUGGAAUGCUUACCGGGAGAUUUCGAAUCAAAGCUUAGAGGAAGAGUUGGAAAAGAUAAAUAAAAACAUUUUGCAAGUAGAGGAAGAAUUGCUCAAGUAUGACCCGAAUUUCCACCACGAAGACACAUUUGCAGCAGCCAAUUCCUUUGACUGGAAAAACCUGGUUUUGCACAAGUUCAUUCACGGACCAAGACCAAACAUUACCAUUGCCAUGCAAGCGGAAGGGCUAUCACCGGACGAAAUUGCAAAUCACCCUGAAAUCGUCAAGAAGAAUCACCAGAUUCACUUGAACGUGGAAAGGAUCAGAGUACCUGAAAUCCUUUUCCAACCGACAAUCGGCGGGUUGGACCAAGCAGGUAUAAGCGAGAUAUCCAGCGACUUGUUGAGGAGAAGACUCGGUGGAGACUUCUCAAUAGAAGGGCUUUCGUACAAGAUGGCCCAAAACGUGUUUAUUACGGGAGGUUUGGCGCUUCUCCCUGGUUUCAAGGGCAGAAUUGAACGAGACUUGCGGGGCUUUUUGCCUACAGGUACACCAAUGAAUGUGAGUAUUGCAAAGGACCCAUUGUUGGACCCAUGGCAUGGAAUGAGCAAGUGGGCAAACAGUCAAGAUUCAAAGGACGCGUAUGUCUCACUAGCAGAGUACGAGGAGUAUGGACCAGAGUAUAUCAAAGAGCAUGGUCUAGGCAAUGCCUGUAUACUUUAA